CUAUUGAAAGAGUUGGGAACCGAUCGAGUGAUCAAUUAUAAGACCGAGAAUUUGGAUGAAGUGCUCACUAAAGAGUUUCCGGACGGAUUGGAUGUGAUUUGGGAGACAAUUGGAGGCAAAGUGUUUGAGACAUUAUUUAGUCAUCUAGCUGUGCAUGGGCGAUUAAUUCUUGUGGGCUCUAUCAGUGCGUACAAGACUGAAGGGGUUGGCGGCGCACCCAUUGAUAAUCUUCAGGCUAAAUUAUUGAGAGGCUCUAAGACUUUAUCUGGAUUUUAUUUAUUCAAUUUCAAACACUUGUGCCCCAAAUAUUUGAAACAAUUGGUUGGAGACGUUGUGAGCAAUAAAUUGCGAGUUGUCUUAGAUUUUGGCCAAAAGUCAAGUGAAGGAGAAUUCAAUGGAAUUGAUUCUGUGGUCAGAGGAGUGGAGUCAAGUGAAGGAGAAUUCAAUGGAAUUGAUUCUGUGGUCAGAGGAGUGGAGCGUGUAUUGCAGGCCAUUCAUAAGUACUUACAAUGCCGGUCUGGUCUAUCUGAACCCUUGUCGACUGAACCGUCGGGUCUGACCGACGAUGUAUCUGAACGCGAAAAAUAA